AUGAAUAUCUGCAAUAAACCUCCUAAUAAGACAGCUCCAGAGAAUUUGGGUGAAGCUGUUCCUGAGGUGCAGGUCCAACGUGCUCGAAGGAAUGGCUGGAGCUGGCCUCUGCACCUCUUCCAGAUUACUGGAUGGUUGCUGUGCCUCUUCUUUGCACUGGUUGGCUUUGGAAUCCUGGUUCCUCUCCUGCCUCGCCACUGGCUGCCUGCUGGUUAUAUCUGUCCAGGAGUGUGUUUUAUCUACCAUUUAGUUGUUCAUCUUACUGCAGUCUCCAUUGAUCCUGCGGAUGCAAACGUACGAGCAAAAAAUUAUCUGGGGCCUCUGGCCACCUUCAGUCGUAAUCAGCAUGCACAUGUCAUUGAAAACCAUCAUUGCCAUGUCUGUGAUGUAAAUGUGGGUGUCAAGUCAAAGCACUGUGGAACUUGCAACAAGUGUGUGUGUGGCUUUGAUCACCACUGCAAAUGGCUCAACAACUGUGUGGGAGAGAGGAAUUACUGGCUCUUUUUGAAUAGUGUCCUCUCUGCCAUCCUGGGCCUUGGGCUUCUGCUGCUCAUCGCUUGCUACGUCUUUGCGGAGUUCUUCAUUGACCCCAUGGUGCUUCGGUCCAACCAGCACUUUGAUGCUCUGAAGAACCAAACGGAUCGCUGGUUUGUGUUUCUUCCUGCAGCUCCAGUUGAGACUCGGGCACCUGCAAUUUUGAUCAUAACUGGGAUUUUUAUUCUUCUGAGCCUAAUGACUGUUGUCCUGCUAGGUCACCUCCUGAUCUUUCACAUCUAUCUCAUGUGGAACAAACUGACUACGUAUGAGUACAUCCUGCAGCACCGUUUCCGGCAAGAUGUGGAAGAGGUAGACAAUCAACAGGAGUCUGGUUCCUACCAGGUGAGAUCCAGUCAGGAAGCAGACAUUUUUUCAGGAAACCCUGGUUAUACUGACCCUGGUAUUAAAGUAGGGGAAUUCUUAACAGUAACUUCAGGAAUAGGCUUUUCAAAGCUUUAUGCCUACGGAAAUGAAGCUGACCCAGAGCAGAGUUCCUCCCCUGACCUCCACUUUGCAGUCUCUUCUCAGCGACAGAAAGAAAGAAGAAAGUGGACAUGUGAAGCUUCUUCUUCAGCAGUGGUCAGCAUAUCUAAAACACAUGCUAGUCCUUGGCCCUCUUUCCCAGAUACCCGGUCAGAGUUCCCAACUAUGGCUGCUGCCACCACAUCUCCCCAUGGCCUUCGCCUCUUAGUGCCGUCUUUUCCUCUGCGAGCUGCUGUGCCCCCUAGCAGCUCCAGCCUCAUCCAGGCAGCAGGACCCCCAGCUGACUAUCACUCAGAGUCCGCCGAGUCCAUGGAUGAGAUUCCUGUGGUUCAGACUCGCCUUGGGAGCUCAGCCCUUCAUAGGCCUCCUAGAAAUAACUCAAGUGACUAUGAACACCAUCCCUUGUCCACAGAUGAUCCCAGAGGUGACAGGAAAAAGAAGCUGUCUUCUGGGCGUAAGGUAAAAAGGAAAAGCUGCCAGCAUGACAGACACAUGGAACAAGACCUGGAACUUUUUGCUAAGGUUCCUGCUGUGUUUGUAAGUAAGAGCAGUGGAGAACUUCAUGUCUCUCAGCCCCAACCCAGUGAGAGCACACAGCCACACCACAGAAAAUGCACCAGCCAGCAGCAGAUGUGGUCACAUGAUCCAUGCGUUAAGGACAUAAGGACAAACACCACAGUGGCCUAG